AUGAAAAGCAAAGUUAUAUAUGCGCCCCUGCUGCUCUUAGUUUCUGCCAGGCUGGCUCUGGCAAGCUUCCAGCCGCGCCCGCACGACUCAGAGAAGAAAAACACACUUUGCAGCGAGCAUCGCGACGAACUUUUUAGCGAUAGAGCACGGGAUUUUUUUACGGGCAUUAAAAACGCCAUCCCUGACGCCCCGGCGAGUCCGCUUAAAGAAGAGCUCAAGAAGCUUGUUUCUGGGCUGCUCCCAAACACCCCUGCAUCGCACAAGGAGAUAGCCAGCAUUGUCUUUAUCGGCGCUUCAUUCUGCAAAGGCAUAUUAGAAGAAAACCUUGGCCGCCUAAACAUCGAGCCCAUUUCUGACUUGCUUGACGAUGGCGCAGCCUUGGCUUCUAAAAACAAGAGCACUGUGCAAAACCUUGCGGAGGCCAUGUGCUUGGUUUCUGAGGCCCUGCUCCAAACAGCCCAAUUGUGUGCUAAGCCUUCUUCGACGAACGCCAUAGACACUGCAGCUUCUUGCCCGCUAGCAUGCAAAGACAUAAUCUCGCUCCAGUGCGUGAUUCAUGCAUACAUUUCUACUGCAACACUAGCGCUCGCCUCGGCCGGCAGAGACUGUAUGCACACGGCUCUAGAGCCCCUACUAAAGGCAAGACAUGCGCUGAACUCACUGAAAAACGUGCAGAGGUACAUCUAA